AUGACGGAUCACAAUAGAAUGUGCGAGCCAACUCUGCCUACAAUCUCCCCAACUUGUUCACUGACCGUAUACCUGCAGCAACAGUAUCCAGAUUACUUUCAAGAUGUGUUCGGAAUACCAGCAUCAUUUGUGUCCGAAAACACACCUUCCAUUGACCUGCUCACUGGACAGUCUGAGGCUGCAGAUUGCUGUCCCAAGCCUGCUGACCAGUGCCACGUCACAGGGAUGUGUUCGAGUACCCAGGGAUCUGGUGUUGCUGAAAACACGAAUGCAAACUCCUUGUGCUGUGGUCAGCAAGUUCCCAUGUUGAGUGCAACCGCUCCACAACAGAAGUCUCUGAAAGUAAAUGUGUGUAGGAAAGGUCAUGGAAACGUGUCCAAAGAGACCUCUAGAACUAGACACCCUUUGCUUACCUGUGUCACCGAGGCUGCUGUCGCUGAUCUCUGUAGCAAAAUGGAACUGUGGCUAGGGAAGUUGAAGACUGACAUACAGGUAGGUAGAUUUACAGGUAGGUGCAUGUACAGAUAG